GCCUUGCCUCCUGACCCCGGUAGUGCCGUGCUAUGGAGAAUGGAGCGCUCGGAGAGCAACGUUGUUGCCUGACAGAACCCACACAUCGAGGCGGGCUGCGGCGUCCGGCGGAGACAUGACCCAGAACUUCAGUAGCAGCUCCGCCGCGGGCACCCCCAAGAGCCACAGUAAAGCGGCGGGCCGGGGAGACGGCGCCGGGGGUGGCAGGAACCACUCUAUUACUGACUUCUUCAAACCAGCUCCAAAUCAAGAAAAAAGAAAUGGGAAAGCUGGGCUUUCAGUCUCAUAUACGGAGCAUCCUAGAAAAAGCAUAUUAUCUCCAAAACAGAAGAGAAGGAAGAAGUUGUCAAUUCCACCACCCAAUCGGAGUCCUAUAAUUGAGGCCUUUCUCAGAGGUGCUAAAUCUGAGAAAAAGGACUGUCCAGAUAAUGGAAUUUUUAUGACAUCAAAGGUUAUGCAUCCCAAAGCUGUUGCUCGGCAACUCUUCACAACAGAUGGGUCCUCAGACUGUUCUUUCAUAUUAAAAGAUAAUAUAUGCACAAAAAACCUUGAAAAGAAUGAAAUAUCUCCUGUUCGAACAAGGACACCAUUAGUAGAAAAUAGUAGAGAAUGUAAAAUGGACUACAUGGAACUAGACACAGCUGGUUCAGGCUUGACUAAAUGGGCUUCAACAGCAGAAAAUGACAGUUUGAAAAAGGAUAACCACACAUGCCACCAAAAAAUGGGUUGUUUGAAGAUACCACAGUUUAGCCCAAUUAGGUCUUCAUCCCAGUUGUUGUCGGAAGUUGUUUGCAGGGAGAUACAAGUGAAGGAGAAAAAGAUGCUAUCUAAGCAACAACCUUUUGGCCCUGUAAAUAAAUCCUUGGAAGCUAGCUUUUCUAACCAGGAUACCAGAGGUCUCUUAACAAAAAGAUCAGACUCUACUUCGCGGGAAUCCUUCUCAGCUGAGUCCUCUUCAAUGCAAGCUUCAGAAGCAGAAUUUCCUUCAGGAUGGGCCUCUGAUGAAAUGAUUAACAUGAGAAAAAGCCAGGCCUGCCCAUCAGUAUACCCUGACUCAAUACCUUUGUUGGGAAUAUCAAAACAUAAAGAAUAUUCCAGAAAACGAAAAAGGAAAUCUUUAGAAACAGAUAUGAAAAAAUCAAAGAGGUCCAUUGUACAGAGGUUUGAUGAACACAAUUUUAGUAGUUCACUGGAAAAACAUAAUUCUGACUGCUCAAAAAACAGAAUGUUUCCUCAUGUUGACUUGCAGGUAGAGGUUAUGAUUCCACCUGACAGUGAUUUGCCUCUUCCCGUAGAAUAUAUUGAUGCUGAAGAAAAUGGAUAUAACAGUAUGGCUACAACAAAAAAAGAUUGCCAAAUCCAAAUUACAGAUGCCAAAGAGAGUCUGUUACAGACAUUCCCAAAAAUUUGUUUAGAAAAGGUGAUUCCUUUGUUUCAAAAAAUAGACCUUAAAUCCAUUAAAUCUCAAGAAAAAUUAUUUUCCAAACAGUCAGCAGAAUCUGAAUCACACAUUCUGCAUAAUAGUUCAUGUGAAGCACUGAAAAUGAUGGUUCAUCCACCUCUCACUUCUACUUUGCCUUCAGAAAAUAAUUCUGAGCAUCCUGUAUUAUUGGGAGAUAAUGUUCUGUCAUCAGAAGAUUUGGAUCUUGGCACCAUCUCUAGCUCUUCAGACGAUUUAAAUGAAGGUUCCAACCUAAGGGCGUGUAUUUUGAACAGAAAACCAAGUCACCUUUGUGAUAAUGUUGAGACCUCUGGCAGCAAUAUGGACAGCAGUGAUGAAGAGAUUCUCUUGCCACUUGAGAAAAUACUAGCCCAGGGUGCCAGACCAUCUGCAGAAAACCCAGAACAGAGAAAGGAUGAAAGUGGUAAAACAGACACCAUGAGUCCGUCACAGAAGAUUCCUCUUUUCACAGCUUCUGUUAAAAAUGUCGAUUACAUGAAUCACCUGGAGGAUAUCUUGAAGGAGAAGGAAGCAUUCAGAAGGAUAGAUGAACUAGAGAAGCAGCUACAGCAAGUCAAUUGGGAAGUUCCAAUAAAUUGUCAACAUGAAGAAGACUCUGAUGAUGGUGAACUGUCUGCAGAACACAGAGAAUUUUUAGAAAGAUUUGCAUUAAUCAGUGAUGCUAUUCCUGACCAGCACCCAGGAGAAAAUAUAUUUCAUGUAGUACAUACUGGGAAAAUCUUCAGUCAUCUUAACCUUGAUUUGAGGAACUCUGGGUUUCAUCCUCAAAAUCCCAUUGAAAAAUAUAUUCUCGGAUCUGGAAUAACACAGCAGCUUUUUGUAAUCUCUGAAGGCUUGCUUCUGUCGGCUUACCACAAUUCUCCAUGUCCUGUUCCCAUUUUAAAAUGGAUGUUUCAGAUGAUGUCAAUUCAUCCAGACAUUUCAAUGUCAAGAAAGAUUUUGGAUAUGUUGAUGUCAUUAACAAUUAAAAAUGCUUCAGCUAGCAACGACCAGCCAAGGCCAUGGAUUCCAUCAAUAUUUGAUAUAGCAACUGUGCUGCUGAAUAUGGGUGUUCCUUUCAGUGCACUGUUUCCUCUGCAAGAUUUUCAACCUACCUUUUCUGAGGAUGAUAUAAUAUCUGAAAUGCAUGAGACUAUACGGAAAAAACCAAGUGGAGACAUCUUUGGAAACUCGGUUCCUAUUUUUCAUCUAAUAGACACUAACCUUUGCAAUAUGUCCAAGUUUCUGCGGCUCUGUAUAAGCAUAUUCCCAGAAGGUUACACGGACAAAGAAAUAUUUAUGUUGCUGUUGCUGCUGCUUAAACUAAGUUUGGCAAAAGAGCUGAAACAAUUUCCCCUAGUGGACUUGGAAUGCCUUGUUAUAAAACUGCUGGAAAAUAUCAGAGAGUGGGAUACCAAGAUGCCUGAGUUAUGCCUCGCAAUAAGUUACCUGUCCAGCCACCAUCAUGAUCUCUUAUGGCUGGUUCAGUUUGUCCCAAACUGGAUGACACGAGGAAGACAAGUAAGAAGGCAUCUUAGCUUGGUAGUAAUCUUGAAGCUUCUUAAAACCCAUGUGAAAAUACCCAGCAGCCAUGACCAGCAGAUGUCACUCCUGUGUAAAGAACUAGUGAAUAUGAAACCUUCAAAUCUGUUAAAGAGAAUAUCUGAGACAGUGGAACACCAUGAUGGUCUUAAAGAAGAGUCUUUUCUUCGUCAAUAUGAACCAGAGGCAUACUAUCUGGCCUAUGUUCUUCUUCACUUGGUCAGGGAAGCUAGCAAUUCUGAGGUUACAAAUUCUAAUCACAGGGAAUGGCUGGUGAAACUCUGCACUGCUUUGGAAAAACAUGUAAAAUGUGAUAUUAGAGAAGAUGUUAGACUGUUCUAUAAAACUAAGGUAAAAGACUUAGUUGCCAGAACAUACAGCAAAUGGCAACAAAUGAUUCACAGUUCUCGGCUUACUCAGGGGCAGAUUCAUGAUUUUUGGGUCCCAGAGUCUUCAAAUGGAUAGAUUGAAGAGAAUUUCAAAAUGGACAGUAUGGCCAAGAAAAUAAAAGGAUGAAGACUACAGUGUGGCCUAAGAAGAAAAAUGGCAGUAAUCUGGAUAUCACCUCCACAUAUUUUAUAUGAUUCUUACUUUGUUCUUCCCUAAUAACUUAACUGAACAAUGUUUGUAAUUAAGAAUCUUUUUAACAUUGGGAAGGCAGCUUUUUACUGCUUGAAAGAAGAAUGUCUUAUCCUGUUUAGAUGGAGUUGAUAAAGAGUUAAUAUUUUUAAAAGUAAGGGUAGUUUUUAUUUUUUGUCGUGCUUGUUACUAUAAAAUAGAACUAUUCUAAUAUCUCUGUUGCAUUUUUCCAAAGGACAGGACUGUGUAAUUCCUUCCGUGAAGCAAAAUUUAGAAACCACUGUAUUUGUUUUGGAAUGGGCAGGAAGUGCUAAAGUGAGCCUUGUGUUUAGAAAGUGAUGGGGGAGACACUUGAGCUACAGUCCUCUAUGCAAUUGGAAGCAAAUCUCAUUGGUUCCUUUGGAGCUUAUUUCAAAAUGAGUGUACCAAGUGUUGCAGCCUUUCACCUGUAGACACAUUCAGCUGCCUAAGCAAUUGCGUGUCUGUAAGCUCGACCUAGUGAGCCCAGUUUUAAGUUUUCAAGGAAGUUAAAGAGAUUAAUUACAGUUCAUACUUGGUUUUAGACUAUGCAUAAAAAUUACAUGCUAAUACCGGUACAAAAUAUAUGUUAGUCAAUAGUCUAGGGGAGUCAAUGUAUAUAAAUUCAAAGAAGAGUUUAUUCUCCUGGUCAUGCCACUAUAGAUACUAUAUGUGAGUUAUGUGUAGAUCUGAAUAUUUCACGGACAUCUCAGCCUUAAUGCCAAUAAAUAUAAGGAGGAGAGAGAUUUUCUGAAUGCUUGCACUGCUAUAAAUGUGAAUAAACAAAUUGUUAGAGAUCAUAACAGGAAUUAAAAUGUUAAUAUAAAGAAGUAGAGAUAAUAUAAGUCUAAGAUCAUUGAUUUUUAUGAGGAGACCCUUUUGGCAUUGUGUUUAAUCCUAUUUAUCCAUUUUAAGCAGAAGUAUGCAAAAUAGAUUGAUAAAGCAAGAUGGACUACUAGUCAAGGGGCAGUUCAGCACUGUUAUAUCCAUGGGAGUUUUGUCAUUGAUUUUAGUGGGAGAAAGUUUGUGCCCAAUUUAUCAUUUCACACUUUCAGUGCUGCUCAGAAUUUGUUGGACCCCAACAUCCCACAGGUUGAGUGGGAAAUGCUACCUCAAAAGGGACUAGUUUCUUUUAUUUCUUUUUUGUAAUGGGGAAUAUUUUACAGACCCUGCAUUCCACAGCCAGUGUCCAGAGAUUGCAGGGAGUGUGCAAGGAGAUUGCAGGUGGGGGCGUCACUGAUGUUUUUUCUUUGACCUGCAGCACCUUGUGACCUAAAGGAGCAGCUUUUCCAGCCAGGGGCUACAGUGAGAAGAGAAAUGGGGAAAGCCCUAAUGUGCCUGCACACUGUGCAUCCCUCUCUGGAUCCUGUCCUAUAGUUAGAAGCCUCCUUUGUUGUUCAUUUGUACUUUUGAAUAUACUCAUGUAUAACUUUUUUUAAACAUUUCACAUUAACUUUAUAAAGUACAGAAUAUGCCUGCUCUCCCUUUGCCACUUUACUGUAUCUUGUGUAUUAUAUGAAGAGAUACUAUUUGUAUUACUUUUCAAACACACUUGGAAUUAUCCAGGUCACAGUUUAACCACUUUUUUUAAUGAGACAAAAGAAUAAGAAUAAAGUAUGAAAUAACCAUGUGUAUCUCUAAAAUUUA